AGUCGAUUUGGGCCUCCGGCUUCCGACGCCAUCAAUACCUUCUAUGGGCACCCAGACAUCCCGGUAGCAGUGCAGAAGCCCGUGAAUAACAUGGUAUGUGUUAUGAACAUCCCUAAUUUCACUAUAUCAUACAAACCGUGCCAAGCUCACCACACACCACAGACACAAUGGCCGAACUACACCAAGUACCACGACUAUCUCACGGGGCUGACUUACAACUUCCCGGAGGACGUCCGAGACGGCUCUUACACGCCGGAUCCAGUAUCCUCGUACCGCUACCUCCUCUCCACCUCCGCCAACUACUCGGUCACCAUCGCCGUGAUUGGCUUCUUCGACAACCUGUACAACCUGACCAACUCGGGGCCAGACAGUAUAUCGCCGUACACUGGCGCCCAACUGCUAUCCCUAAAAGUACGCGAGCUCGUCGUGCAAGCGCGAGAGGAGAGGCAAUCCUUCAACACGGGGCGGGGCAGCGCCACAGACCCGCGGUACGCGGAAAAGAUACUAAACGAGUGGCCAGGAAACCUGACAUUCGUCGGUAAUGACGUGACGAGCAACACGUACAUUGGCGCGCGCAUCACAACGGAGCUGGACAAUGCGACGAACCCGAUUGCGUACGCGUUUGGCACCAACAUCGGCUAUAACCAGACGCACCAGGUCUGGGAUGCCGUGGCCGUGUACUACGCCGUGUGCGGGCUCGACGAUGUGUUCAAGUGGAAGUAUCCCGGCGGCGGUCGCGUGCAUCUGAAUGCCUCGGCAUACGCUACCUGGCAGGUGAAUGAGACGGCGCCCGGGUGGCAGAAUGCUCUUGCUUUUAGCGUGGUGAAUACGACCUUUGCAGAGAGGUUAGAGGAUACGCUGCUCUGGGAGCCGGGGAAGGAUGUGCCGAAGAAGAGGAGUUGGUGCAGGAACUAAAAUUGGGUUAUGAGGUUUUGGUAGGUAGGGGGUUACCUACCUAGGCAGGAAAGGGGUUUGCGACGGAUAUGUAGGAAAAUGGGCUUCAAGGC